AUGGAGGUGAAGAAAUGUGAAAGAGGAGAGGAAGAAAUCCUGGGCAUGUUAGCAGCGAGUAUCACUCCGAGAGGAGAGGUGGAAGAGAUGCUGAUUGCGAUCUCCCCACGAAAAGACUGUCGACUCAAAAUAUCGAUGCCUCCUCCAACGGUGGAAACAGAUGAGGAGUUGCUGGUAGCCAGUUUCGAUGGAUCGGCUAGGAUAAAAAAGAAAGGAGGGUCGUUCAGUGCCGUGAUAUGGAAGUUACCCGAAUGGACGAUCGUGGCGGCCGAAUCGAGAUAUGUUCACGAUCUGACUGUGAAUGAAGCUGAGUAUAAUGGCUUGCUACUGUGCUUUGAGUUACUCGCCGGUCUGGAUAGGGGGCGAGUAAUACUGUGUGGAGAUUCCAGUCUGGUGAUUCGACAGAUGCGCGGUGAGAUCGACUGCAAGGCACCGGGCCUUCAGCUUCUGAGACACAAAGCGUUGGAGAAGCUGCAGUCAUGGCCUAGUCACGAGUUUCUGCAUAUGAAGCGAGAGUGGAAUCAGAGCGCAGAUCGACUAGCCAGCACAGCAUUGCAGAGCGAAAAGGGAAGAACGGUUGUAGCUGAAGAGGAUCGGCAAGAUCUGAUGACUCUGAACCGUCUCGAUGAAUUGUUGAAGCCCAAGCAAGAUGGUCAGCUAGCUCGGGUAACUGCGAUCGCGAGAUCAGCCAGGAGGAUACGUCAUGAACCUGAAGUGAUACAGGAGGAGAUAGUACAGAGGAUCAGGAUUCAACGAAUUGUCCAAGCUCAAGAUGAAGAGCGUUGGAUUGUCAAUCUCAAGACAUAUCUAAGUGGCGAUGUAUCAAACUUGGAUGCGGUAGAAGUGAAGACGUGCGCCAAACUGGCGCCGGAUUACGAGAUCGAUGAGAACAAUCUGCUAUUUUUUUGCCCCAUGGCGAAAAGAGAGUCGGAAGAUCGCGAUGGUUUGAUGCGGUUGGUGAUCCCUGAGACGUUGCAGCAGGAUUUUUUGCAUCACUAUCACACGAGUCUGGAAGGAGGCCAUCAGGGUAUUGGCCGAACCUAUCAGAGGAUCAGAUCGCGAUUUCAUUGGAGAGGACUGUAUCGGAGCGUUCAACGAUAUGUGGGCGAAUGUACCGACUGUGAGACCGGGAAAGGAAACCCGAUGAUUCAUGGGAAAUCCCCGGGCAAUCUACACGCAACCUAUCCAUUCCAGAUCAUCGCCAUGGAUCAUAUACCGUCGUUGCCCAAGUCCAUCAAGGGGAACACCGAACUGCUCAUUUGGGUCGACCUUUUCUCGGGAUAUGUGAUUGCAAAGGCUAGCUCCUCUCGGACGGCACAAACAAUAGCGGAGAAUUACGAAGAAUGUGUGUUUCGACGCUUCGGAGCUAGCGAGGCUAUCAGGCACGAUCGAGAACCGGGAUUUAUGUCCGACUUCUUUCGAGCCUUCAGUCGGAUCGUAGGACAAAAACAGCGUGCUACUAUGGCUUACAGGCCACAAGCAAAUGGAACAGCCGAACGAAUGGUGCAAACCCUGACACAUUCGCUCAAGAUGUACGUGGCUGAAGUUGACCAGCGAGACUGGGAUGAGUAUGCUGAGCGGCUCACCUUUGCCAUUAACACUGCACAAGAUCGGAUCCGGGGGAUACCCCAUUUUAUCUGA